ACAAAGUAAAAUUCGACCAUGAGCGACUCCGGUGAAGAUUGGGAUCUGGAGAUUAGCUCCGGCGUUUCCAAACCCAUGAAAUGGACUGACCAUAGUCCUGAGUCGAGUACAAACUCUCACAAUUCCGGAUUUUCAGCUCCUGAGAAACGUUUCGGUCGCGGACGAUCUUCGCGUACUACAAACAGUUGGGGAUCAAACGAUGGCUCAGGUAAUUGGAGGGGUAAUUCGGAUUUUGAUAACGCUUUGCCCAGGAGGCCUAGGCGGGGGUUUGAUUCAUCGUCCCCCGCCAAGGAAGAGCGCCCACCGCCCUCCAGAGGGUUCGGAUCCCGAGAUCGUAAUGGUGGGGUAUUUGGUGGCAGUCAGGAUGAUGGCGAUUCGUUGAGGAUCGAGGUUUCUAGUCGGGAUGUUGGCAAGAUUAUUGGGAGAGGUGGCCAGAGCAUUAAGAAUAUUCAGAAUACAUCUGGAGCAUGGAUUAAGAUAUUGAAAGAUGAAGCUGAUGCCAUCCACACACCAAUUGAGAUCUCAGGGAGUCGAGACUGUCAGACAAAGGCCAAAGAGAUGAUUGAUGAAAUAAUAUCUCCACAAGAUUUAGUGACAAAUAAAAUGGAAGAAACAAGUCUGAAAGCAGGCGAAACCCCUUUGGUUCCCAGAAUUGAUUGGGCAGAGCUACGCGUGAACAGGGUGGCAAAUCAAGCGAAGAAAUGGGAAGGUUUACCUGUCAUCAAAAAAGUAUUUUAUAAAGAGAGUGAAUCUGUCAGGAGAAGGUCCAAAGAGGAAGUUGAAAUCUUUAGAUAUCUGUGAUUUUACGCGUGGUAAAUAUUGUCAUUGGGUCCGUGAUAAAAACCAGCGCUGCUAUUGACAAACAAAGAGAAGAUUGAGACAAUCCAGGAAGACUGGACCCAGUCGAGACCACACUACAGACUCAGGUAUGAAAUAAGAGUGAUCUCAUGACCACCAUCAUUAUUAUGAAUAGUCAUUACCUCAUUAC